AUGCCGCAUCGGCCAGUGGUGGUGGUGGUGGUUGUCAGCACGCUGUUGCUUGGGAUGCCCUGCGGCUGCAGGGAUGUGACCCCUUCCCAGCCCAACAUCCUGCUGCUCAUGGCAGACGACCUCGGCAUCGGAGAUGUCGGUUGCUAUGGCAACAGCACCAUCAGGACUCCACAUAUCGACCGUCUUGCCAAAGAGGGGGUGACCCUCACCCAGCACAUCGCCGCAGCCUCCGUGUGCACCCCAAGCCGGGCAGCCUUCCUGACGGGCAGGUACCCACUGCGGUCAGGCAUGGUGUCCAGCAAUAGUAACCGUGUCAUCCAGUGGACAGCCGUGUCCGGAGGCCUCCCACCCAACGAGACCACGUUUGCCAAAAUACUGAAGGAGAAAGGCUAUACCACGGGGCUGAUCGGCAAAUGGCAUCUGGGGCUGAGUUGCAAGUCAUGGAGUGACCACUGUCACCACCCUCUCCAACAUGGGUUUGGCCACUUUUACGGCAUGCCCUUCACCAUGAUGGGAGACUGCCUGAGAUGGGCGCUGUCCGAGAAGCGGGUGGGCCUGGAGCGCAAACUGGACUGGGGAGCCCACCUCCUGGGCCUGGCGGUUUUCACCUUGGCCGCUGGGAAUCUCGUUGGGCUGCUCCGGGUGCCCUGGAUGCUGGUGGCUUGGGCUGCGGCCGGGGCUGCCCUGCUGGCCACUGUCUCACACUUCCUGGGCGCCCUGAUUGUCCACGCGGAUUGUUUCUUGAUGAGAAAUCGCUCCAUUGCAGAGCAGCCCCUGGACCCCCCCAGGACCACAGGGAUCUUCCUCCAGGAGGCCCACAGCUUCAUCAAGAGAAACAAGCAUGGCCCUUUUCUGCUCUGGAUGUCUUUCCUGCAUGUCCACGUGCCCCUGGUCACCACCGAGAGCUUCCUGGGGCAGAGCCAGCAUGGGCAGUACGGUGACAAUGUGGAGGAGAUGGACUGGAUGGUAGGCCAGAUCCUGGAAUCUCUGGACAGAGAAGGCCUGACCAACAGGACGCUGGUUUAUUUCACCUCCGAUCACGGCGGGUCUCUCGAGUCACAGCUGGGAGGUCACCAAUACGGAGGCUGGAACGGUAUCUACAAAGCUUUUGCCCCAAGUCUAAGAGACCAAGUGUCCCCAAUCUUGCGUCCACACCCUGGGUGCACUCUCCCCCAAGACAGACUGAUUGACGGCCAAGACCUCACGGGCCUGCUCCUGGGGACGUCCGCCCACUCGGACCACGAGUUCCUGAUGCAUUACUGUGAGGACUCCCUGCACGCCGUCCGCUGGCACCAGAGAAGCCGCAACACCAUCUGGAAAGUGCAUUUCCUGUCCCCCAAGUUCCACCCAGAGGGUGCGGGAGCCUGCUACGGCCGAGGCGUGUGUCCAUGCUCCGGGCCUGGGGUCACCCGGCACGACCCGCCUCUGCUCUUCAACCUCUCCGGGGACCCUUCCGAAGCCCAGCCCCUCACACCGGCCACGGAGCCCUCGUUCCACCAGGUCCUGGACAGGGUGGUCUCUGCUGUUAAGGAUCACCGGCGGACGCUCAGCCCCGUCCACCUGCAACUGGACGCCCUGGACAAUAUCUGGAAACCCUGGCUGCAAGAGUGCUGUGGCCUCUGGCCCCUUUGCCACUGUCGGCCAGAAGACCGCUGA